UUUCAAUCAAAUUUUUUUGUUGAAUUGUAUAUAAAACUGUGCUUAUCCUUACCUAGUGACAUUACUGACGGUGAUUUUGUGCGAGUAAGGCGCAUGAGCAACAGAGACGGCCUGAUGGAGCUGAAAGAGGAGAGUCAAGAACUGAAUGAAACAGAAGAGAAAGAUCAAAAUGAGAAACAGAAUGAUUUCAAACCUGGAGAAAAAUCAAUUGGUUGCUCACAGAAUGAAAAGAAUUCAACACCAAAAAAAUCUCAAAAAACGCAAAGUACAACCCUCAAUUCCCAGAUGAGAAUUCACACUGGAGAGAGACCUUUCACUUGCCAACAGUGUGGAGAAAUUUUCAAUACAAAAGAAAGCCUUGAAGUCCACAUGAAAAUUCACAUUGAAAAGAAACCGUUCAUAUGCUCUCAGUGUGGAAAGAUUUUUACACGGGAAGGUCACCUUAAUAUCCACAUGAGAACUCAUACUGGAGAGAGACCGUACAAAUGCAAACUGUGUGGGAAGGGUUUCAUACAAAGUGGAGGUCUUAAGAGUCACAUGAGAGUUCAUACUGGAGAGAAACCUUUCACCUGUCAACAGUGUGGAGAAAUUUUUGAUCGAAACGAAAGCCUUAAAGUCCACAUGAAAAUUCACAUUGAAAAGAAACAGUUCAUAUGCUCUCAGUGUGGAAGGAGUUUUACACGGGAAAGUCACCUUAAUAUCCACAUGAGAACUCAUACUGGAGAGAGACCGUACAAAUGCAAACUGUGUGGGAAGGGUUUCAUACAAAGUGGAGGUCUUAAGAGUCACAUGAGAGUUCAUACUGGAGAGAAACCUUUCACCUGUCAACAGUGUGGAGAAAUUUUUGAUCGAAACGAAAGCCUUAAAGUCCACAUGAAAAUUCACAUUGAAAAGAAACAGUUCAUAUGCUCUCAGUGUGGAAGGAGUUUUACACGGGAAAGUCACCUUAAUAUCCACAUGAGAACUCAUACUGGAGAGAGACCGUACACCUGCAAACUGUGUGGGAAGAGUUUCAUACGAAAUGGAGACUUUAAGACUCACAUGAGAAUUCACACUGGAGAGAGACCAUACACAUGUAUUCAGUGUGGAAAGUAUUUUACACAGAAAAAAAACCUUAAAGUCCACAUGAGAAUUCACACUGGAGAGAAGCCUUACAACUGCAAACUGUGUGAGAAGAGUUUCAUACGAAGUGGAGGUCUUAAGUGUCACAUGAGAUGUCAUACUGGAGUGAAACCUUGCACCUGCAAACAGUGUGGAAAGUGUUUCACACGCCAAGAAAACUUUAAGACUCACAUGAGAAUUCACACUGGAGAGAGACCAUUCAUAUGUGCUCAGUGUGGAAAGAGUUUCAUAUAUAAAGUAAGCCUUAAUUAUCACAUGAGAAUUCAUUCAAGAGAAAACCGUUUUAAAUGUCAUCAGUGUGAAAGGAGUUUCACAGACACAAAUCACCUUGAGGAUCAUGUUAAAAUUCACAUCGGAGAAAAGCCUUUCAUGUGCCAUCACUGUGGAAAGAGUUUAAAAAACAAUGCAAACCUUGAGAGUCACAUGAGAGUUCACACAGGAGAGAAAUCUUUCACCUGCCCUCAGUGUGGAAAGAGUUUCACAGUAAAAAGGAACCUAAAGGUUCAUGAGAAUUCACACAGGAGAGAUUCACAUUUCUAAGCAAACUGAAACAUCAUUUGCAAACUCAUUCUGGUAAGAAAUUGCAGUUUUCGUCAGAGUGACAAGGUUUAAAAAAAAAAAA